AACGGGGCUGCUCAAGUCUUUGAGCAACUCUAAUUUGGGGAAUGAGUGGGUAUUGUUCAUCUGACAGUUGGUCCCGUCCUGAAAGCGCAACAUGGUCACGUUGAGCUUGCUCCUCACGCUACAGUGCCAAGGAAAAAACAGCGUAUCCUGAAUUAUCGAUGCUAGUCGGUCCGGUCCGUCUUGAUUCCUAGCUCCAUUGAUAUUGAUUGACAGGAUGAGUACACACAAUCACGAAUAUGAUAUCAUCUUCGCUGGAGGAGGAACGACUGCAUGUGUCGUUGCAGGUCGACUCGCCGCUGCAGAUCCGUUACUUAAGAUUCUUGUGGUCGAAGCGGGCCCUCAUACGCAAGACGAUUUGGCUCAUAUCCAACCAGCACGAUAUAUAAGUCACCUCCAACCAGACAGUAAGACUGUCAAGUUUAUGGUGGCGCAGAAGAGCGACGCCCUUGGAGGACGUGCCAUUGUUGUUCCCACCGGACAAUGCAUUGGGGGAGGAUCCAGCGUCAACUUCGCUAUGUACACUCGCGCUUCGGCUUCCGACUAUGAUGAUUGGGCGACGAAGUAUGGGAACCCUGGUUGGAGUACUCAAGAUCUUCUACCUCUCUUGCAAAAGUCGGAGGCGUAUCAGGCCCAGCCUGGUCUGCCGACUCAUGGAUACUCGGGUCCAAUCAAAGUGUCCUAUGGUGGUAAACUUACCAACGUCGGAAAUAACUUCCUCGAAGUCGCUCUGGUUUAUGACAAAAGCCGAUCAUUCAUAGAUGAUCCAAGUGGUUUAUACUCUUGCAAUGCUUACGCUCGAUGGCCAAAGUGGAUUAACGGGCAAAGCGGCAAGCGAUCAGACACAGCUCACCAUUACCUCUACACUCAGUCAGGCAACCCAAAUGUCGAAAUUGUAGUGGGUUGUCUAGUGAAACGAGUCCUUUUCCAAGGCACGAGGGCAGUCGGUAUAGAGUACGUUCGGGACCCACAGUACCAUCCAGACAGUCCCAACGAGGUAAUCACUGCGAAUGCCAAGCGUCUAGUGGUACUGUCUGCAGGUACCUUUGGUUCUCCUGCUAUCCUUGAACGUUCUGGCAUUGGAUCGUCAUCCAUGCUAGAACGGUGUGGAGUUAAGCCAAUCGUAGACUUGCCUGGGGUGGGCGAAAAUUAUCAAGAUCACUGUGCGAUCUUUCCGGAUUACUUCGCCAGUGAUAAGUCCGAUACACUGGAUGGUAUCGUCCGUGGAGAUAGCGAUGAAGUCAAUAAAUGGACCUCACAAUGGCUAGAGACUGGUACUGGCUUGAUGGCCCACAACGGUAUUGAUGCGGGCAUAAAGAUUCGCCCAACUGAGGAGGAGGUGUUAACGAUAGGACCAGCUUUUGCGAGGAAAUGGAAGGAGUUCUUUGUCGACGCUCCUGACAAGCCCAUCCUUUGGCUGGGCCCGAUGGCAAUGUUGGUUGGGGACUACGCAACGGCACCACAUCGGAAGUUCUUCAACAUACUUUCCUACCUCCAGCAUCCUUCCGCUAGGGGUCACGUCCAUAUCACAUCUGCCCACGACAUAUUCGCUCCCCUGGAUUUCCAACCAGACUAUCUCGCGAAACGGGAAGAUGUAGAAGUCUUCAGGUGGGGUUACAAAAAGACUAGAGAGCUCGCUCGCCGCAUGAAGUGCUUUCGAGGAGAGUAUGCUCCAUACCACCCUUCGUUCCCUGAGGGCAGCGCGGCUGCGUGUAAGGCGGAUAUUAUGCCUGUUGCUAUCGAUGCUCCAGACAUUGCUUACACCGAAGAAGACGACAGAGCCAUCGAGAGAUAUCUACAACAACAGCUGAGUACAACGUGGCAUUCGCUCGGAACUUGUGCAAUGAAACCUCGCGUACAAGGCGGCGUUGUCGACAGUCGCUUGAAUGUGUAUGGUGUGACAAACCUCAAGGUCGCUGAUGUGUCCAUCGCACCUGGGAAUGUCGCUGCCAAUACGUACUCCACAGCUUUGGUUAUUGGAGAGAAGGCGGCUGUGAUGAUUGCAGAAGAGCUCGGAAUCCAGGGUGUCUGAAAAUAGAUGUAGACACAGUAUUCAUCGCAGCUCGGCAUGCAGUUCUCCAAUAGUUACAUCUUCAAGAUCGAAAUUCGACCUAAUCACUGAUUGACUGGGCCAUCCCACGUCUGAUCAUAGCUGUCCUGUCUCUGGUAUACGAAGCUAGCCGACGUACGGCGUUCUUUCUCGGCGAUACGAUACUAGGUG